GGCAGCUUGGCUUGCUGCCCUACCAGGGAAGCUCUGAGCUUUCUCCUCAAAGUGCUCCCUGGUAGCAGCAGCAGAAAUUAAACUUCCAAAUGCUCGUUAACCCAUCAGAGGCAAAGACCCCUUUCACUCUCUGUCUCUCACCACCCUUUAUUUUCUGUCCCUCCCUCCAAGUCCACCCACCCCCACAUCUAACUUCUGCACAAACUACAUGACCAAUAUAUAGGAUUUCACAACCCAUUGGAAAAGAGAGACGGUUUCUGGGCAAGCUUGCUGUUUGCUUGCUUCCUUGUUUGUUUGUUUGAAUCAGGAUGACUCUGAGACAGUGGGUGAGAAGAAGAGUCUGCUCCUUCCAGCUGUAUCUUUGAGAUAGACUGGCUUUGAAGGCGCAGUGUGUUUCAGGGAAUAGCAUUUGAAGUUUCUGUACAUGGCAGGCAUUGUGGCAUAUGUCAGUGACAUUGCUCAGUGUUUGAAGUGCUUUGUGUCUAACUCAUGGUUUCAGUAAGGGAUCCGUGUCCGACUUCUUGAAGAGCUAUGAAGGUCGAUCUAGUGAUGGCAUUACCCAGCGAGAGCGAGUUCCUGGCUGGAGCUGGCAAUCUCCAGUUCCAACCAUAGGAAAGUCUUUGAAAUGCUCUGAAAAUGCAGACCUGGUAUCAAGGCUGUUUAUGCCCUUCAUUUUUUACCCAGCACUUGUGAGAAUUGUGUUCGAGCCUAGCGUGACGCAGGGCUUGGGAUUACAGUAAAUAAAGGAGCGCCCAGGUGCUUUCCAAUGAUGCAAUGGCACCCAGAUGCUACAUGGAUGCCUGCCUGAGAGAGACCUAGAACAGUAUGUCACUCCACCGCAGCAAUUGAUGGAGCAAGAAGAACUGAGAGUUCAACUGGCAUCUAAAGAGCAGCUUAUUCAUCAGUUAAAUGUCCAUCUGAGGGAGGCAAAUCACAGCCAGGAAAAGUCAAAAGCAGAGAUUCUGGAGAAGGAAACUAAGAUUCGGGAGCUGCAGGAGAUAAUCACAGACCUUCACCAUGAAAUUUCCCUGAAGGAUUUGGAGGCAGUCAAUCAACUGGAGGAGAAGCACCUGCUGGAGACCACGGUGCAAUCCCUCAGGCAGAUGCUGGAUGCUCAAGAGCAGAGGAUCUAUCAACUGCAGACCAAGCAGACAGAGAGGCAGGCGGAACUGGAGCAGAAAUGCAGCCAGAUGCAGCAGCUCGAACGAGACCUGGAGGCCAGCGGCAGGCUACAGGAGGAAUCCCAGAGGCAGCUUGGGGAGUGUAAUGCACGUCUGGCCCAGGUAGCAGGAGAGAAUGAGGCUCUACGAGGCCAUCAGCUCGAGCAGAUGUUAGAGGCACAAGAAACAAAGAAUCAGCUUGCUGAAGCAGAGGUGGAGAUGGUCACCAUGAGGAGCAAAUAUAGCAUGGCACAGAAAGAGAUGAGCCAGCAGCACCGGACCAUCCGGACAUUGGAAGAGAAGCAAGCCCAUCUGCAGGCCCAUUGUCACCACCUGGAGGAGGAGACUGGCUUUCUGCAUGCCAGGCUGGAGGUCCAAGGCCUGGCACUGGAGAAUGAGCAGACGCUGGUAACCAGCCAAGUACGCCACAAAGAGGAGCAGGUGGCGACGCUAACGGGCAAGCUGCUGAAAGCAAAGGCUGAGGCACAAGCAGCUGAGCAACAGGCGGGCCAGCUGGAGGCGCUGCUGAGCACGUCGCAGCUGGAGUCAUGUUCCCUGAAGAAGGACCUGCGGAGGAAAGACGAGGAGCUCCAGUGCUUGCAAGAGCAGCUCUGGGAUUCUCGGGAAGCACUGCAGGAUGCAAGGCAAGGGAAAGAGGCCAUCCAGGAGUCGUCAGAGACCCAGCUGCUGCAGCGUGACCAGCUGGUGGAGCAGCAGAAAGCGGAUCUUGUGGCAGCCCGAUUGGAGCUCUCCAGGUACGCAGGGCAGCUUGCAGAGCUGCGUGCAGACCAACAGCAGCAGGCUGGGGAGUUGGCCGUCCUGAGAGAGAGGCAUAAGACCGCGCAGCAGGAGGUCUGCAGCCGUGACCAGAUCAUCGGGAAGCUCAGAGGAGACCUGAAAAGUGCUGAGGAGCAGCUGAUGCGAGCGAAGGAUGAGGGGAAGGAGAGAGCUGCAGAAGGGAGCGGCCUGAAGGGAAAGCUCCACCAGCUGCAAGAUGACAUAAGAAGCCUGCAAGAGAUCUGUGGGGAGCGGGAAAAGGCCAUGGUGGAGCAGACCUGCUGCAUCCAGCAGCUCCAGCAUGAGCAGGAGAUCUGCAUCAGCCAGAGCCAGCAGCAGGCGAUGCUGGUGGAGCAGAUGCAGGGGGAGCUCACAUCCCGUGAGCGAGCCCACCAGACAGAACUGGAGCAGCUGCGGGCCAAGCUGCAGCACCUUCAGCAGGAGCUGGACGUCUGCAAAGGGAAGAACCAAGAUAAUCUGAGCCACCUGCAGCAGCGGGAGUCCACGAUGGAGAGGCAGAGCUCGCACCUGGAGUUCCUGCUGCAGCAAUGCCAGACGCUGAAGGAGGAGGUGUUCUACUACGAAGAGGUGGUGCAGAAGCAGGACCGGGAGCUCUGCCUGCAGCAGGAGCAGCUCCGAGAGGCGCAGGAGCACCUGGCCAUGGCCAAGAGCAAGAGCAGCUCCACCGAGAGCAGCCUGGAUCUGUACAAGAAGAAAUACCAGGCCGCCUUGAACAGAGCUGGCGAGCUGGAGGGCAAGGUGCAGAGCCUGGAGGAGGAACUCUGGGACAUGAGCAGCCAGAUGUGGGAGUGUGAUGACAUCAUCAUCAACCUGUGCAGCAAGCAGCUGGUUCUGCAACAGGAGAUGACGGGCAGGAGGAAGCAGACGGCCGUGGAGCAGCUGACUCAAGAACUUCAUGCCACACAGGAGGAUCUGGACAGGAGCCUUCAGCACACCCCCCAGCAUGAGCAGAGCAUCCAGGCCCUCCGAGAGCAGCUGGCUGCCAGUCAGACCAAGUGCUUGGAAGCUGACAAGACUCUGAUAGAUGUGCAGACGGAGUUUGCCUCCUACACAGCCACUCAUAGUCAUUCCAACGCCAGCUAUGAGAGCCAAGUCGCCAUGGCAGAGAACCUCCAGCAGCAGCUGAGCCACGCUGACGAGGACCGCGCCAAGCACAGCCAGCGGGCCGAGGAGUACCAGUGCCUGGUGCAGGACUUGAAGCUGGAGCUGGUGCGAGUGGCCGAGCAGAAGAACAGCAGCAUGAAAGCCGUCGGGACACUGGAGCUGGAGGUGCAGAAUCUGAGGCAGGACACAGCUGCUAAGGUGGAGCGGAAGCAGCUGGAGGUGGCCAAGCUGCAGCAGCUGAUCCAGCAACUGGAGUGUGAGCUCCGGGAGAGCCGCCGUCUGUGUGCGCAGAAGGAGCAGAUCAUGCAGAGGAGGGAUGAACAGCUCCGCCAGGCACAGGCCGCCAUGCGGCAGGCUCAUGGUGCCCUGCAGCAGAAGGAGCUGAAGCUGGAGAAGCAGCGCGCAGAGGCCAGGAGCCUGGCCGCACGCCUGCAGCAGGCCCAGCAGGAGAGGGAGCAGAGCCAGGCGGCCAGCGACAGCCUGCAGGAGGAGAUCCAGCUGCUGAGACAGAGCCUGCAGGACAGCCAGCAGCAGCAGCAAGCAGCUGGUGAGCGAGGCAGCUGCACCCUGGCUGUGCCCUUGGCCCCACUGGCUUCAGGCUCUCGUGGCUCAGGGAAGGCGGGCGAGACAUUUCCUGCCUGGGGCAUUCCCCAGAGACACACGUCCCAAAGUCCUGGCAGGUGCCAGCCUCUGUUCCACAGUUCCGGGAUGUUCCCACUUGGAAUCUACCAACUUCAGGGUGGGGAGCGCCCACGUAGCGCCCCUCCCCUGAGUGAGUCCCAUCUGCCCCUUACGCUACUGCAGGGAACUCAUACGGUGGGCCCCAGUACAGGGAUAGCUGACCCUGAUGGCAGACAGCUGAGCCUGCCCGUUCCAGUCAUCUCAGAGCCUCCCAGAUGCCCAGGUGAUGGGCUCCAGCUGCCCACGAGGUGCAGAGGCCUCCGCUCCAGUCUGUGUCAGUGGCGGAGCACUGGGUAUGCUCAGGAGCAGGAGUCUCCUUCCUGCUGCCCAGCUUGGGGGGCCAGCUGCUGUGUGUGAUGGGCAGCAGCUGGGUGAGCAUGUUCCUCCCUGUCUCUGGCAGCUCAGGAGCUAGUGCAGCAGGCGGAGCGGCUGCUGCUGGCCCAGAGCAGCCUGCAGAGCACGCAGGAGCAGCUGAGCGAGCGCAUG